GCCGUUUCCAACAGAGGUGGGUCAGAACUGUCAAAACCCUAGUUCGACUAUCCCAGGAACCGGUUACCCCAGGUGACGGCCCUAGGCAGGCCCGCCGGUCCUUGGAUACCUCUCUUGGUGGUUUGGCUUGUUUGGCGCUUUCUUCCCGAAGAGGUACUGAAUCCCUGGCCCAGCUGUCUGGCUGUGGAGUGGCGGCCUCGACCCUACAGGUCUGACUGACCUCAUUUGAUUGGAUGCCGGUUCGGCCAAACCAGCACUCGGUCAACAAGGACUGGGCCAUACUGGGCCCAUACUGGGGAAGGAGGUUAAAGCAUGUUGCUUCCAAGACCAGGUUCUUUGUCCGUGCCUUCCAUGUUCCUGUGCGAGCAUUGGAUGUUAGCUCAAGGCGUCCGAUGUUGGGAACAGGUCGUUAAUUUUAAACUGCUGGAGCAGGACCGCGAUCGAGCGAGCGGCGAAGGUGAAGUGAUGGCAAGGGACCGAGGAUGGUGGCAUACGAACAAACACCUUUCAUGCAUCGUUUUCAGGGCAUAUCACCUAUGCUCGUCAUCCGGCUCCAGCAUCGUUUGGUGCCCCUCGAAGCGAGCUUGGGCUUUCGUCAUUCGAACGAAAGCAUCGAUGGCUGAGGGAGAUUGAUGGGCCGGGCUGGGACUGAAGAAGAAGGGGAAGAAGAAGAAGACAGGCUACACCCUAGGAUUCCAACCGCCUUUGAUGCCACUUUGCAGAACAUUCAUCGUUUUACUGUUUUUAACUAUAAGGACCCUAUCUAGAUUACAAAGCCAGGUCAACCGAACUCUUCUCAUGGUCUUGGAAGGCUUUACAGCGGCGUGUGUGCCAUGCCAUGUCUUGCUGAUAGGGGAAUUGGAGGUGAUGUGGGGGGCUUCUGUACACUCCCUGAAGUAAUCAUGGAUGUAUAUUUGUGGGAAAUUAUGGAAUUGGAGUUCACC